CUUUGAGCGUGCUUGGUGUUGCUCGGAUCCGAGUUUCCAAGCGGUUGUUUAUCUUUUUUGCGCCGGGUGGCCGUUUGCUUCGGUCGAUUAGAUGGUGUAAUAGAUUAAACUCUUUAACAUGCCUGUCCACUCGCGAGAGAAGAAAGAACCCAACCACGAAGAUAUGGAGGUGGACUAUCCGGAACAAGACGCUAGCAGCACAGACGAUGAAGAUACUGUAAGCUCAUCUGUCUCUGAAGAUGGAGACACUUCAGAAAUGGACGAUGAGGAUUGUGAAAGGAGGAGACUGGAGUGCCUAGACGAAAUGACAAACCUUGAGAAGCAAUUCACGGAUCUCAAGGAUCAAUUGUAUAAGGAGAGACUGAGUCAAGUUGACUUCAAGCUGCAAGAAGUGAUAGCUGGCAAUGCUCCGGAAUACUUGGAACCUCUGGCUACACUUCAAGAGAACAUGCAGAUCAGGACCAAGGUAGCAGGCAUCUAUCGAGAGCUGUGCCUAGAGUCUGUGCGGAAUAAGUAUGACUGCGAAAUGCAGGCGGCCAGUCAACACUGGGAGAGUGAAAAGCUGCUGCUUUUUGACACCGUUCAAAGUGAACUGGAGGAGAAGAUAAGACGUCUGGAGGAAGACCGUCACAGCAUAGACAUUACCUCAGAGCUAUGGAACGAUGGCCUGCAGUCCAAGAAGAAUAAGAAGAAGGAUCCUCUCACGCCUGGCAAGAAGAAGAAGCCUGUCGUUGUGUCAGGGCCAUAUAUUGUUUACAUGCUGCAAGACUUGGAUAUACUUGAAGACUGGACUGCAAUAAGAAAGGCUAUGGCAUCUAUGGGACCACACAGAGUUAAAGUUGAUGUUCCGACUAAGCCAGAGAAACAUCACCACGUAGCUCGGUCUGAGGACGGCCGUCUGUUCUACAACAACAAGUGGUACACCAGAGGACAGGCCAUCUGCAUCAACAGGAAGGAUGAGUUUCCUACCAGUGCCAUCAUCACCACCAUCAACCAUGACGAGGUGUGGUUCAAGCGACUGGACGGCAGCAAGUCCAAGCUCUACGUCUCCCAGCUGCAGAAGGGCAAAUACACCAUCAAGCACUCCUAGUGGCCCGCCCGGCGCCCUUCUUCGCCCACCCACUCCCCCAUCGGCCCUCUUCCUCGUGGGCCCCGUCCGCCCGCCCGCCCGCUCUGCCGCCCGUCGCCACCCACCAACUCCCCAUCGGCACUCCCUUCCCUCCUUACGAUGAAGGCAGCUUCAUGUGUGGUCUGUUACCAUGGCAACCAAGCCUUUGGCCUCCUCAUUACUCCAUCUUCCUCCUCCUCCUCCUCCUCCUUCUUCUCGGUGUCUCUCUAACCCCUUUUCGUUCUUAAGUGAGCCAUCCACGUCCACAGAAGAUGGGGAAAUCAGGCUUUGGAAGCCUUGUGCUUUGUACGUGAAUACAGGGGGGGGGAGUGCAUGUUCCGUUUAUGAAUUAUGAGAAUGAGUUUUAAUUUUUUACACUGGAACGAUAUUGAGAAGGUUUAAAGAUGUGCUGCUGUAAGAAAAUGUGAUUUUAAGGGGAUGAUGAUUGUGUGUGUGUGUGUGAUUGUG